AUGAUCAAUCGACCAAAUUUACCUCCUCUGCGCAUAGCUGUUGCUCAGUUUGAUGACCCGGAGGUACUUCAAUAUUUUCGAGAUCAUUCCAACCGGAACGUCACGCAUCACACGGGCUGUUCAACUCGACUGCAUAGUGACCUCUCAUUUUACUCUCUGGCCUCUUCUUCCACUCCUCAGAGUAAAUCUUCUUCAAGCUAUCUCCUAUCUCCAAAGGGAGAACUAUUGCCAUCCGGUCCGAUUGACAAUGUAGGAUGUUCCUCUAUGCCUCCAAGUAUCAAUCACUCGGAAAGGCGCAGCUGCGGCACUCUGUAUCAAGCUUCGACGAGUCGGCAGGAUACCUACGUGGACCUCAAGGAUAAUAAAGGAUAUAGACAAGAGGUGCAAGUUCAACCGGAAAGAAUAUCUGCAAGUGAUUCAUGCAAUCAACCGAACAUGCAAUUCUCCAGGUCUUACCACAACAAGCAAAGUGAAAAUCCUUGUCUUCUAGAAGACAAGCCCGUGCCAGAUCACCGUACCAAACGCUACACCCAUUCGGAUAACAUAAUUCAAUGCCAAAGGCCACAGCUUGAAGUCGGAAAAACUUCUGAAUCAAUCAGCAUUCAACCACAUCCCAACUUUCCCCGUCAAAUUUCCAAGCUUAGGGAAUCUCAGGUCGGUUGCUCGGAACCGGGAGGCAAAACAACCCAAGAUUUGCCGGAAAUUUCACCAAGAUUAAAAAUCCAACCCACAGAAACAGCAUCAGGAACUCGUUACUUUUGUCCAGUAUGGGGGUGCGGCAAAUCAUUUACGAGAAAUUUCAAUCUAACCCAACACAUAUCCGCAAUACACAAAGAUGAAAGACGGUUCCAGUGCACCUACUGUAUGGCCCUAUUCUAUCGCCGGAAUGACUUGACCCGACAUGAGCGGUCACACACCGGAGUACGCCCUUAUCAAUGCGAAUGCGGGCAAAACUUUACAAGAACCGAUCUUCUGACACGACACAAACAUUCUGGAAACUGUACAAACAAAAGAGAUGUCUAG